AUGUCAAGCAAGACCUCGGCAUUUGCGGAUCUUUUACAGACGUCUUUGAGCUCCCGGACAAUUUAUCUCAAAUGUGUCCCAGCCCCAGUCAGCUUUUUGGAGCGUCGCGGUAUUCUGCGCGCCGUCCAAAAACUUACCCAUGAAACUGUCGAGACAUUCAAGAAGCUCGAAGACAAUUCUUCAUUCGUCAUCGUCACCAACAAGCCAGGCACUGCCACUGCCCUCGUUAACGAUUCCCCCUUCAUGCGUGUCCUUAUUGACCAAGAUCCGAACGCCGCCUCAUCACCAUCCUCUUCAUGGGGGGCUGAAUACGACAUACGAGGAAGUAUAACUACUCCUGUUAAUCCGUACGCGCCCUCCAGGUUAUUAACAAGAGAAACACCGGCCUUAUCCGACCUUGGCGUCUCGUAUAAAGUCUUCACUCUACACAUGUUCGCUGCGAAUAAGACGUAUAAUCAUAAGGAGGCAAUUAGGAAAAACCCUCUCCACGGGCCAUGGCCAUCCCAUAAUGCUAGAGAAACAUUUGUGUCAGCCGCCUUGCAUAGGUCUAUACCCUCUGGUCCCAUGGCUCCAGCGUUGCGGGACUGGCACACCGCCAAUCAGCUAUCGCGCGAUUCAGUCAGUUUUGCAGAUGAGGGCGUCGAAGGAGAGCGUCGUCUGUUCUUCUCGGGAAAAAACGUCUAUCUUCAAAAGAGAACAAAUCCCGACUCCUUGCUCGGUGAAUCACCCGACGAUGUUCCCUUAGACUAA